AUGGCGGAUAUUACUUUAAAUUAUCGUGUCAGCAGUGAUUAUUCAAUUAAUAUUCUCCCAAAUACGACAGUCGCCAACCUUAAAAAUAUGAUUAGAAAUAACGUUCCUUUUACCGAUUUUGAUCUCUACGUAAAUGAUACCGCUCGAGAUGUUAGAAAAUAUAUGGAUCCGCAAAAUAUG